UCUGCGCAGCACACCGUUCCUAUCCUGUAGCAAAAUUUGCGGGUGCCUGUGGGAGUGGAAGCCACUGAAACUAUAGAAGAAAAACUCAGAAUUGGGCUCCAAGUACAUAGUCUCCGUUUCUGAAAAGCUCCUGACACAAGAAACUAGGAAGUUUUGUCGUUCUGCAUUCCAAAGUCCUGCCUACCAGUGAGCACUUUUCUUUUGAAGACGUUCUGUUGGUGACUUUAAGGGCAUUUUCUCCUAAUGCAUGUGUGAUUUGUUCACAAAUACCUUCUGAGAAAGAAACCUAGAGGACAAGGGGAAAGAAGAAGAAAUGGCCAGCUCUCAGGGACUGCUGACCUUCAGAGAUGUGGCAAUAGAAUUCUCUCAGGAGGAGUGGGGAUGCCUGAAUCACAGUCAGAGGGAACUGUACAUGGAUGUGAUGUUAGAGACCUAUGGACACCUCCUUUUCUUGGGUCUUGUGUCAAAACCAGACCUGGUCAUUGUUUUGGAACAAGAGAAGAAGCUGUGGGGUGUGAAGAGAAAGGAGACAGUAGCCUUACACCCAGGUAGGUGGAAGUGAAGCAGAUGACACAAGUGAGGUCCAAAUGUGAAGGAGGAAGAUGGGUCUUAAAAUGUUGUUCAGGUAGCUCUCCUUGAAUGGAAAUUCAUUUACAAAGCUGAGUUUUAUGUCUUUCCCUCUCCCAGAGGGACAUCUGCUGUCUAACACAUCAUGCUCUUUGAUUCUCCAAGGACUGUCCUUCAGCUCCCCUGAAGGUCCGCCACAUCCACGGUGAGGGCCUCCAUAAUCUGAGAGCUUCUCCAUUGCUGUGAGAGCCCUAGAGUAAGGAGAUUGAGCCCCAUGUCAGGUUAUGAGCUGAGAAUGGAACUUGCUUGAGAUUCUCUCUCACUCUCCUCCUGCCCUUCCCCAGCUCUC